ACUCUGGCACUCAUUUGGAAACGUGGUUAGUGUGAAGCUCAGCUGGCAAAACUUUGGUGAUCAUUUUAAUUCCUGAUAAUUGUGAAUGUUUCUGAUGCACGAGAUUUUGAUUUAAAACGAUCUGCUGAGAGUUGACGUGAUCAUUGAAGUCUAACUUUGAAAACAGACUUUGAAGUAACUUGAAAUGGCGUGUAGAUCUUCUUUUGAGGAGGAUUUGUCCUGUCCUGUGUGCUGCGACAUUUUUAUAAAUCCUGUAGUUCUGUCCUGUAGUCACAGCAUCUGUAACGAUUGUGUUCAGAGGUUUUGGGGAAGUAAAAGACUUAAAGAAUGUCCAGUUUGCAGAAGAAGAUCUUCAAAGGAGCAUCCUCCAGUAAAUUUGGCUUUGAAGAACCUGUGUGAGUCCUACCAACAAAAGCUGAGCCGAAGAUCUUCAUUUGGAGGUGAAAGUGUCUGCGGUCUUCACAAAGAGAAGCUCAAGCUCUUCUGUCUGGAUGAUCAAGAGCCCGUGUGUUUGGUGUGUCGGGACUCCAGAAAACACGCAGACCACAGAUUCUCUCCUGUAGAUGAAGCCGUGAUGGACAAUAAGGAGAUUCUCAAAGAUGUACUGGAACACUUGGAGGAGAAGCGGAGAAUAUUUGAGUGUCUUAAAGAGUGUUUUAAUGAAGACUAUGAACUCGAGUUUAAUGCUCAAUAUGCUGAGAGGCGGAUUAAAGCAGAGUUUGAGGAACUUCAUCAGUUUCUACGUGAUGAAGAAGCUGCCAGAAUAACAACACUGAGAGAAGAGGAGAAACGGAGGAGUCGGAUGAUGAAGCAGAAGAUGGAUGAGACGAGCAGACAGAUUUCAUCUCUCUCAUGUACAAUCAGAGAUGUAGAGGAGCAGAUGAACGCUGAUGAUGUUUCAUUUUUGCAGAACUUUAACGCCACAUUGCAGAGAGCUCGGUGUAACCUGCAAAUUCCAGAACCCAAUCCAGCAGUGACGAUCAGUUUCUCAAAUCACCUGACCAACCUGAAGCUCACUGUCUUACAGAAGAUGCAGGACAAUGUUGAAUCCUCAUACUUCAACAUCAAUUCAUCUCAUAUUCAAUCUGAUCUCGCUGCAAUGGCGAUUUCUGACAAUCCAGAGGAACAUAAUGAAUAUGAGCAUUUCCCGAGGGAUGGAGGGAAUGGUACGGAAAUAUUUGGGGGCCAACGGUCCAAUGAAGACCUACAACAAUUUCCAUGGAAAGUUCAUCCAGUCUGUGCGACUAAUUUUUUCCCCACCCUAGUCGGCACCACAGAUCCAACCCACAACCUGCCCACGUUCCGCAAAAGACUUCCUCCGUCACAGAUCACCCACAGCCACAUUAUGACAAACUAUGGACGCAAACUCGUAGCCCCCGCUCAGUCGAAAUCGCUGUUUAGGUGGCAGAGUGUUCUCUCUCCACUGAAAUCACAUUUUGGAGCGGGGUCUCCCUCGACCCACACCACAGUUGGGGGGAAUCCUCUUCAAGUGGACCUGAGGUUUUUGACGUUCAGGGGGGCCGACUUCAGUCAUCAAGAUAUGGUGAUCUGUGACAAUGAAGUUCAGAAGUAAAUUAGAUAUUUCACACAAAGAUGUUUAGUCAUUGCUAAUUAUUAAUGUGUGGUUCUGUCAUAAGUUUGUGGUUCUGUUUUUUUUUUUUUUUUUUUUUUAA